AUUUGUGUAUGUUUAGUAGACUACAUAGGGUCUUGCCAUAGAGAGUACAACCCACUAGCUAUAUACCCCUAUGCAAAUAAUAGUCGACUGUAGAGCUGAAGCCUGGGAAACCCCCAGAACUGUGCCUGCUGCCGCAGCGCGAUAGCAGCCGAUCGAAUAUCGAAACAACACGCUAUCCCGAACGCCACUCGCGAUGCUCGGCACCUGAACUUCAGGCGGGGAGUAGAGCUCCAUUUUACAAGAGUCACAGGAAAGCCCCUUAGCGAACGCGAUGCCAACCACACCGCAUGCUGCGUCACCUGCGUCACGGCCUUCCUUGCGCGUUCCUGACGAGGACCGGCAGAUCCGGCAAGCGCUCUGCCAGGAGAUCGCCUGAGAUCGACCGACCUCAGGAGGCACCUGAGAUCGCGACGCGAUACUAGCAAACAUCACGCAUUCCGGUCGUAUGGGAUGGCGCCGCACCGAAAUCGGCAUUCUUUUCCUAUGCGCAUGGGUACCUUGGCAGUCUUUGUCGUAGCCUAUCCACCGCGCCGCAUGCGUUUGCUAAUGCAAAGGACGCUCGUCCGUGCUGCGUUUACUAGUGGACCAUUCAUCUCAUUCAUUUCAUCUCCGAGUUGAGUCUACUCGACUCAGGUGCAUCCACCCUGAUCGCUCCAUCCCUCUCGGUCACAAGCUUCCCCUCGUGCCUCGCCCGGCCUAGUACCAGCAGCAUCUCUCACGCCACUCGCCGUCUCCCGUCACCUCUCACGCCACUCGCCGUCUCCCGUCACCUCUCACGCCACUCGCCGUCUCCCGUCACCUCUCACGCCACUCGCCGUCUCCCGUCACCUCUCACGCCCGUCGGCGCUCACCCUCACACCCUCUCCAUCAUGGCUCUCACGUCGCUGCCGCGCGCUUCUGUUCUCCUGCGUCUCGCACUCGCCCUCGCUGCUCUUCUCGCUGUCGUCUCCGUCGCGUCCGCCGGCCGUUGCCUGCUCCUCACCACCAACACUGCAUAUCAUGUCACCUCGGUGUCUACCAAAACGAGUGCAUACAAAUCCAGUUUCACCCUCACAUUCAACGUCACUAAGGGCACCCAGAGUGCGAUGUAUCGGUUUCUCGUGAGUAUGGUCCCCAGCACCUUGAGCCUCUCAUCCCCCAAAUACUACAACAAGGCCACCAACGCCCUCAUCGCGACCUUCCCCUGCACCACCUGGAAUGUAACCAGCACUCUGGUGUACCCCAGUGUAACUUACAACUCCUAUUCGUGCCUCAUUUAUGAGACGGCGCCGCUCACAGCCUCGUACGAGCCUGUUGGCACAGUCAAGGACCUCAUCGACUCGGGCCUCGUCAGCAACCCUUCAGGUUUCAUCGCGUCGAUCACGAUUGGUGCGGCGACUGUGAAUAUGACCGUCAGUGUGAACACCAACACGUUUUGAUGCCUACUGGACGUGCCACGUCUAGGGCAGGGACGCGGGCUUCAAUGGAAGUGAGGCGGUGGCAGGAGGCAGGAAUGCUGCUGCAUCAGGUGUAUAGUCUGGAUUGGUUCGGUUGGCGGGCUUGUUAAUGUUGUGUUGUGUUCCGCUGUAUAGUGGCUGGUAGAUGGGGUAUAGAGUGGAAUUUAUAAUUUCUCUUGGUUUUCCCCUUUUGUUUGCAUGUGUGGUGCAAUGUGUAAAUAAAUGUCUCUUUCAGCA